UGCUCCCACCCCCAGUUCCCAGCGCUCCCAACCGCCCGCGCCCGCUGCUAGGCAGCGGCGGGGAUGGCGAGCCGCGGAGCCGGGGCGGUGACGAUAGCAGCGAGUCCGCCAUUGGACGAGCAGCCCUGAGGGACGGGCCAGCCUGGUGAACAAGGAGAUAGCGAGGCAGGUGGCCCCGAGAGAGCGAGGGCAAUGGAGGCCAACAUGCCGAAGCGGAAGGAGCCUGGCAAGUCCCUGCGCAUCAAAGUCAUCUCCAUGGGCAACGCUGAAGUGGGAAAAAGCUGUAUUAUAAAACGAUACUGUGAGAAAAGAUUUGUGUCUAAAUAUCUUGCAACCAUUGGAAUUGACUAUGGAGUCACAAAGGUACAAGUCAGAGACAGAGAAAUCAAAGUUAACAUCUUUGAUAUGGCUGGCCAUCCCUUCUUCUAUGAGGUUCGUAAUGAGUUUUACAAGGAUACACAGGGUGUAAUACUGGUCUAUGAUGUUGGGCAGAAAGAUUCCUUUGACGCCCUUGAUGCGUGGCUGGCAGAGAUGAAGCAGGAUCUUGGACCUCACGGAAACAUGGAAAAUAUUGUAUUUGCAGUGUGUGCCAACAAGAUUGACUGUACCAAGCACCGCUGUGUAGAUGAAAGUGAAGGGCGUUUGUGGGCCGAAAGCAAAGGCUUCCUGUACUUUGAAACUUCAGCACAGACUGGAGAGGGAAUCAAUGAGAUGUUCCAGACCUUUUAUGUAUCCAUAGUUGACUUAUGUGAAAAUGGAGGGAAACGUCCUAUCACGAAUAGCAAUGCUAGUUUCACCAAAGAACAAGCAGACACCAUUCGCAGAAUUCGAAACAGUAAAGACAGUUGGGACAUGUUGGGAGUCAAACCUGGGGCCUCAAGGGAUGAAGUCAACAAAGCCUAUCGGAAGCUCGCUGUGCUGCUUCACCCCGACAAGUGCGUGGCGCCUGGUAGUGAAGAUGCCUUCAAAGCGGUGGUGAAUGCCCGGACAGCCCUCCUGAAGAACAUCAAGUAGGAAGUCAGAGAAAAAGACAAUUGCAGCCCUCAAGUAUAAACUGACUGUCCCUAGAAGUGAAAUAACCACCAUGGGUUUUUUUUCUUUUUUUUCUCCACAAAAAUCUUACUGCUUUUUUCUUUUGUGUUGUCAUUUGUAAAUUAGAAAUUCAGGUGCCUGUGACCAUUUCAGACAUUUUACAGAGCAGUGAAGACAACCAAGCGCCACUUGUACGUACAGUUUCUUUCCUAUUUCCAAAUAAUCCAAAUUUUGUUCCUCCUUCAUUUGUGAGCUCGGUAAUGGUAGCGUCCCUCACGCACUUGACUCAGGACAGUCCAGGAGGUUUCUGGAAGGGGCGCAGGGGGACCUUUCGCUUUUCUUUUUCUUUUUUUGUAAAGUUCAUCGGAGAAGGAGACAGCAGAUACAGAAGGAAAUGGUAACAAAACCCCCAAAAGUGUGGUGGGACCUCACACGCAAGUCACUUCUUUUACGAGUUCCUUAGUAGGAUUUGAACCAUUGAUCCUUCUAUAAUUAAUGAACUCUGGAGGGCCCUUUGGAAGUUUGUGAAUCAAGGUAAUACCGUUCCAAAUUGAGCAGUCCUUUGUGGACCUACACUCUGUCCCCUUCUCCAGCCACCAGGGGGAGAGACAGGCUAGUCCUAGGAGAGAAAAGGCAGUGGCAGCCACGAGUUCUGGAACACUGGCUGUUGCUCGUCUUGCCCCUGGAUCUGAGGCCUUUCUCCAGCCACGGAAGCAAUGCCGGUAGCAGUAGGGAGCAUCGGGCACCCAGGAAGCAGGAGUCAGGUCCCACAACAGACGUGCUUGCAGGUCACAUUAGAGCUUGUGUACGCAUCCCCGAAGGCAAGGCCAGAGGCAAGGCCCAAGGGCACAGCCAGCCUGGCUUGGACUUGUCUGAUGCCCCUCAGAGAGCCUGUGGAUGAGGCUUCUGCCUUUUCUUGUUUCUGCAUCCUUUGCCACAGGUAGGUAGGAGACGCGGGGGCACGCCUCUACCGCCUGGCCUCUUCACUUACCUACUUGAGUUCCUUCCUUUUCCUUUUCUCUUCCUUAUUUAUUUAUUUUACAAAUAUACCACAUCUGUCAUUUUUCUCCUGAUUGUCUGGCUUUUGGCCACUGCCUCUUCCAUCCUCCCUUCCGAGGCUUCACCUUACAGCCCUCCCGUACAAGCCCUGGUUGACUGGAGUCAAGUGUGGAUCCUUUGGGUGUUGGUGGAGGGAGAGAUCUUAAGGCCUGUGAGGGAAGAAUUUCUAAUUUUUGCUUGGGCUCCAUAUUUCUAAACAAUAAUAUAUUUACACUCUAGAUUAUGAAAGCUAAUAUAAUGUACAGAAAUCCAUUCUCUUGCCAUAGUCUCCUCCAUACCCACGGAACGGAUGAAGUAUGUUAGGACUGGCCCUUCCUCCAGAGCUUUCAGAACUGGUCUUGCUGUUUGACCCAUUGUAUUGUGAAUCUUGGUACGUUACUCAUCUUUUAACUGCAACCACCCUGCACUAAUUGGGCUUUAAGGUGCAUAAAAUGUGAGUUUCAAGCAGCUAUCCCAUAUUGAUCACCAAAUAGCAUUCACCUACCCAAAAAGAAAAGCCACUUCAGUUUCAUUCCAGCCCUCUGCAGUCUUUUGGAUUCUCUUCUCCAAAGCAGCUUCCCUUUGUGUGUCUGCCCUUGGGCUGCAUUGAGCUUGUUGUCAGGAAACCAGAGCAUUGUUUUCUAGUAUGGCUUUUCAUCUUGGUAAUACUGAAAAUGCUUCUUUUUUACGAAUUGAGUCUAAUACAUGAUUUCCUGGGGAUUUUCCUCUGGACUUGUAAUUUUAAAUAGCUUCUGGGACUAUAAAACUCCAACCCAAAGUGCUUCUGAAUUUAAAUUUUACUUAAGGCCUUCAUCAUGCCUAAAGUAAUUAAAAUGUGGGUCUAUUCUUGUAAAGGAACUAGAGUCAAAGAAACGAGGGACUGUGCAUGGUAGCGUCAGCCCAAAUUGACAUGACAGCCCACUGAGUGUGUGGCCCUGUAUGGAGCCUGUGCUAGUUUUCAUCAUGUUGCUAAAGACCAGGUUGGUCAUCUCAUUCAACUACAUUGUGCCGAUGAACAGUUACAACAGAAUUUGUUAGUGCUUCCGUUCCUAUAUAACGAGUGACUUGUGGAAAUUUAGCCUGAUUUUGGUUUGUAGGUCUUAGAACUCAGUUCCUAACACCAUUAUUAAUAUUAAGGAUGGCCAUGAACUACUUCAUUUAUGUAAAAGAAAGAAAAGAAGAAAGUUAAGCUUCAGGGUCCUGGAAUUUGUCCGAGUGCCAUAAUCCUUGAGUAGAAUAUUAAGGGAUAAUAAAGCAUGAUUUGCAAUGCACAGUUUUUUGGUACUAAUGUAAUACAAAGCUUUGUAGACCUCUGUGCAUUACAUUUAUAUUCUCGGUGCAAAUAUGUACUUUGUAGUUCAACUUGAUGAAAUUCCUUCAGCCAGUUAGGAUCUCAAAAUACAUUGGUGAGAUUAACAACUAGCAGAAUCAUUCCAUUGGCUAAAAAUAUUUGAUGGAGAAUCUUGUUUUUCAAGAAAGAAUAAGAAGUUUGAACAGUUCGUAUCAAAGCCAUUACUUCCAUGUCCGAGUCAUCAAGAACGAGCAGUUUUAAAGCUUGUUGGAAAUCCCUUGAGGUAUUUCUAACUAAUUGCCCGUCCUGCCUAAGCACUUUAAAAUACACCGUCCUCUUCUCCCCUGCUCCCCUUUGAGGCUUCUUCCGAACUGAUGUUCUCGCCUGUCCGCAGUUCUCCUGCAGCCUCGUCGUCUCGCGUCUCCCCACACAUGUGUCCUCGGCUCUGUUAGCCUGUGAACUUCAAAGUCCAGGCCUCAAGCACUGUGCUGCCACCCAGGAAAAGCUGCGGAGAUCCUGUCGCUGGCACGCUUUUCUUGAGGCUCACAUUUACCUCAGGAAACUCACUCUAGUGUGUUCUCGUGCAUCGAAUUCCCAACUGGUAAAUAAUUUCUUUCUACCCAUAAACCAGUAUCUAAUUCACUGCUAGUUACAAGAGCCAUAGAUAAGGCAGCUAAAUUUCUGAAAGAAAGCCAGAGUAAGUAAGGAGCCCCCGUCAGCCCUGUGUCAGGACCACACUUCCUCCUGGACCGGUGACAGAAUCUCGAGGGGGAGGGAGGUAGUUGAGGCCCAAGUUAGAAAGGGUGGAUCCGCGCACGGAUUGCCGCUGACAGUGACAGGGACAGCGCCCUCCUCAGAGGCACUUUCCGUGGGCGCUGGCAUGUCACUCCCUUCCCCACCGCACUCCACCUAGCUCACUCAGUCUGCCAACGUUUUUGCAAAACUUUUGGAAAAUGAGUUUAGCUGCACAAGAGAGCUACCCACCUUCCACUGCAAGUUUUGCAAAGUGAAAAAAGGUUCACACUUCUCAUGUUUGGUAUUAGCACAAGUGUAACGUUUGUACAUUGGUUUUUCCGUUAAACGUUUCUAGAGAAGACAAAAGCUUAGAUUUGUGACAUGGGGAAAUUAGAGUGUGUCUAACAAGCAGUGCAAUAUUGAGCCGUGCCAAAAAGGCCCUGGUGUGAAGUGGCUUGUCGGCAGGUUGGACGGUCUGGGUUAGUGUCCGGCAUCCUGCAGGGCGAUCGUCCCCUCUGACUGUGAAUGCAGAGUCUCUAACGAUACCCUUUGCUCUUACGAGGUAAUUUGCAUAUUUGUGUUCUGUUGAAGUAACUGAAAAUGUUAAAUCUAACAGUUGUUUAUGUCUUGUAUAGAGAGUGUCAUAUGUAUUUAAGUUGUGUAUUUUUAUAAAAUAAAGCCAAAACUCGAA